AUGUCUAUGUCUCUCAGAACAAACAAACUGAUUUAUUUUUCCUGUUCAUUUCUCAUCUACCUGUUCACAAUUUUUGUGAAUAUGACUCUGGUUGUGACUGUCAUGCUGGACAGGGUUCUGCAUGAGCCCAUGUACAUCUUCCUGUGUAAUCUGUGUGUCAAUGGGAUUUAUGGUGCUACAGGUUUCUACCCCAAGAUUCUGCUGGACCUCUUAUCAGAUUCACAUAUUAUCUCAUACAAUGCAUGUGUAACUCAAAUUUUCGUUGUCUACUCUUUUAUUCUAUGUGAGCUCGCCAAUCUAACAGUAAUGGCUUAUGACAGGUAUGUUGCAAUCUGUAACCCACUGCAGUAUCACCCUAUUAUGACCCCUGGGAAUGUGGGGAAAUUGUUGCUUGUGCCCUGGCUGUUGUCUUUUGUUGAGAUUUUAAUUGUAGUUCUUCUAAUGGUCAGGUUGCCUUUGUGUGGGUCCAAGAUAAAUAAGCUUUAUUGCACAAACUGGGAUGUAGUGAAGCUCUCCUGUGUAGACACCAGUGUGAAUAAUCUAUAUGGAUAUGUAUUAGUCAUCUCUCAUUUCAUCCAAGCACUGCUGAUUGUAAUCUCCUACUUCCACAUCAUCAGGACAUGUGUGCGAUCGAAAGCAGAACAGAGCAAGUUCAUGGAGACCUGUCUGCCCCAUCUGAUCACUCUGAGCAGCUUCAGUCUUUCUGUUGUGUUUGAUGUCUUAUAUGCACGUUAUGGAUCCAGCAGCAGCCUGCAGGGUCUCCAUAACUUCUUCUCCAUAGAGUAUCUGAUCAUCCCUCCCCUGCUGAACCCCCUCAUUUAUGGCAUUAAGCUGAAGCAGAUUCGUUUUAGUGUCUGGAGGCUGCUCAGCAGGAAAGUCCGUGCGCUGACAUAG